UCUUCCCUCCCAUCCUUGCACGCUUCCUCUCGUGUAGUCGUACAGGAAGAUCAAGGGAACCCCUUCUCUCUCUCUCUCGACACUUGACCGGCCUCCUCCUUUGGUCACCACAAGCUUGCCCCAACACGAUGCGCUCCACGAUGCCACUGCGCCGGGGAGCAGGCUCGCUGCUGCGGCACACUGUGACGCCGAGCCCCGGCCUUGCCACGCCCCUUCGCCCUGGCCUUGCUAUCAGUGCGGCCAAGAGCACUCCAUCGAGGCUCCAGUCCAUGCGUCUCCACGCGACGCCUGCGCCAAGGGCUGAGAAUAUUCCUGGAGACUUUGACCCUCAUGCAAUCACGGCCAUGGACAAGCAGACACCACCCAAGCCUGGUGCCGACUUCAACGUUGUCAUCGUCGGUGCCGGCAACAUCAACUUUGGCUCCGACGAAGGACCUUGGAACCAUUCCUUCCGUCUCGAGCACAAGCUUGGACCCCGUCUCAAGGUCGUCGCCCUCAUCGACCCUUCUGCUGCUCGUGCCGAUGCCGCGCUCAAGGUCAAGCGAGAGUCGUUUGUGCUGAGUGCAUACAAGGACACGAUCGUCUACCCCACCUUCCCCGACUUUGUCAAGAACAUGAAGCCCGAGCAAAAGCCCCACGCCAUCUGGGUCGGAUCUCCACCGGCGUUCCGUGGCCGCGAGGAGCAGGGACGCGACCUGGAAAAGGCCCUUAUCGAGGCUUUCCCCGACGUCGGCAUCUUCAUUGAGAAGCCCGUCUCGACGGGCCCCGUGGACGAGGCCUUCUCCAUCGCCGAGCGGCUCAAGAAGUCCGGCAACGUCGUCUCGGUCGGCUACAUGCUCCGCUACCUCAAGGUGGUGCAGAAGAUGAAGCAGAUUCUCGAGGAAAACAACCUCAAGGUCAUGUCUACCAAUGCCCGCUACAUCAUGGCCUACGAGCACACUGCCAAGCUCGACUGGUGGGACAAGUCGCAGUCGUGCGGACCCAUCGUCGAGCAGGCCACGCACUUCUGCGACCUCUCGCGCUACUUUGGCGGCGAGGUCGACCUCGACUCGGUCAUGGCCCACUCGCUGGAGCACUUUGAGCCCGCCGGCCACUUGCGCAAGAUUCCUGUGCCCGAAGAGAAGAUCCCAGAGGACGAGCGCAUUCCCCGCAUCACCUGCGCCACCUGGAAGUAUGAGUCGGGUGCCGUUGGCUCCCUCACCCACGCAGUCGCCCUCCACGGCUUCAACUACUCGACCGAGAUUGACGUCUACGCCGAUGGAUACAGCCUCCGACUCGUGGACCCCUACAACGCUCCGGUCCUCUACAUGAGGAAGCCCGGCGAUGACCACGAGGAGGUGAUUCGCUACGGCAACGACGACCCCUUCUUCUCGGAAGUGAGCAACCUCAUCGAGAACAUCGAAAAGGGCCCUGGCUCGGCACCGAUCCUGUCGUCGUACGAGGAUGCCGUCAAGACGUACGCUCUUACUUGGCAGAUUCGCAACAAGUCCGAAGAGUCGGUCCGAAAGAUGGGAAAGAAGAAGUAAAUGGAUCUACACUCGUCUCUUCGCUCGUAUGCUUCUAGAUCUCUCCCUUCUCAAACGCCCUCUGUACAUACAUGCUCUUUUCCCCACCUUCCUUUCUUCCUACCACCACCUCCACC